CACGGCUUUUCUUGCGUCAUAUUUUAGGGACACUUAGUGGGGACUGGUUUUGGUUUUGAUUGUAAGGAAAUUAACCUCGAAAAUGUACUUUUUUGAAGUUGUAUCUGAAUGUACUUGAGGCCCAGCAUAGAACAUGGAACUUCCUCCCCUCAGAACAGCCCUCUCAUGUUUCUUCGCCGGCUGACCUACUUCAGGUCCUCCUAUCAUCCCAGAGGGUGUCGGGCCUUCUCCAACCAACCAUCCACCCCUGCUUCUCAUCUAUGCCGGUCAGUCCAAAGGUUUCCACCCUGGCGUCCUCGACUGCCCCCUCCUCGUCCACCGGAUCACCCAAUCUUCACUGGUAGCACGUUCCACCCUUUUACCAUCCCGCCCGGUCGCUUCAGCGCUGCUGGUCUGCAGUCCCUCCACACCUCUGUUGGUCUCAUGAUGGAGCGUCCUAACAGAGAGCCUCCCAACAAACGGAGGAAAAGUGUAGAGGAGGGGAGAUGCGGUGAAGAAAAGGAUACAGGAGGGAGGGAAACGAGGAGCAAAGCAAAGGAGAGGGAGUCUAAGCAGGAACACCAUCAUCUGCAUUUUAGAGGGGAUGACAGGAAACCAGAAAAUCAGUUUGUUAGAAUCAGAGAUAAACCGAAAUCUGAACAAGAGAGAGUUUGUUGGAGGGAAAGCAGCAGGGAGAAGGCUGAUGAAAGGACUAAAGGGGAGAGGAAAGGUAGCAGAGAUGAAAGUCUGAAUCAACGCUCCCAACCUAUCCAACCCCUGGUUCAAAGGCCGGUCUGCUGA